AUGUCUGCUGCACCCAUCACCGAGGCUAUCCAAGCCAACACCGCCCAAGAAGUAGGACACAAGGUCAGUUCGCAACUACUGAGGUCUUCUUGUUGGUGCUAGGGGUGUUUCGCCGGCGCGGUCGCUCGCUGCGAGGUCGACGCCGACACGACCACGACGUGGCGGCCCUCCACCUCCACGCCGCUCGUACCCUCCAUCCCCGCCCCGCCGCUUGAUCACACGCUCUCUCCUCCGCGGGAGCACAUACGGCCCCUACUCUCUCCGCAUCGUCACGUCCCCAAGCAAAUGCUGAGUCCGUCAUCCCCUUUCGCCAGGUCUUUGCGGGCAACUUGUCGUUCCAAACCAAAGACGCCGAUCUCGAACAGGCCUUUGCGGUCCAUGGCAAGGUGUAAGUUGAGCAUGAUAGGACCGCGUCAAGAGCAUGAUGGAGGCUGAUGACCUCCCUCUGGUGAUGAUCGCUCUUUCUGAUUUGACGCCAUUUCACACUACCCACAGCACCGAGGCCCAAGUCAUCAUGAGGGGGCAGAGAUCUCGAGGGUCAGUUACCCACACCCCGUUCCCACCUCAGCACCCCACCCUACUUCAAAACUGACCCCCACGCGUACUCUGGUCCUCCACCAGCUACGGUUUCGUCACCUUCGCGUCCGAGGCCGAAGCCACCGCCGCCGUCGCCGCCUUGGACAAGUCCGAUCUCCAAGGCCGUCAGAUCAACGUCGAGUUGGCCAAACCCCCGACCGAAUCCACCGCCGGUCGGGCGAUCCGAGAGGCCGCUCAGAAAGCCACUGAUAAGGGGCUUGGAGAGGGUGAGGACGCUGGUGAGGCACAAGAGGGGGAGACCAAGCCCAAGAAGAGGAACGCUAGGGUAAGAUUUAGCGUACCCCAUGAUGGUCAACGAGUCGCCCUUGGCUGACGUGGGACUUGUGCGCUCAUUCCUUGCAGUCCAAGAAGGGAGCACGUCGCCCGCGUACCGAUGCCGAGACCGAAGAGGCCGGUGACGCCCCUCUCGAAGGUGCAACUGGCGAGAACGGUGAGCUCGUCGCCGGGACGACCCAUGACGCCGCCGCUUCGGGGGAACGCAAGCGAGCUUCGCGCGCGCGCAAGUCCAAGAAGAAGACGACCACGACCGAUGGCGAGGCUACGCCUGCGACGAACGAGGAUGGCGCUGCGAACGAAGGCGACUCGACGCGUCCCGCUCGAACGCCUCGUCGCCGAGGUCCCCCGGAAGGGAACCCUUCCAAGACGUUGUUGUUCUUCUCGAACCUCAGCUUCUCGACGACCGAUGAAUCGCUCAAAGAGGCACUCAAGGACUAUGAUGUCGUUUCGGCCGUCGUCAUCAAAAGACCCUACGGCCCUACCGCGGGCCGUUCGAAAGGUUUCGCUUUUGUUGACUUCAAGGAUGAGAAGAGUCAACAGCGGGCUUUGGAGGAAGUGCAGGGCAGGGAUAUUGAGGGGAGGAACGUGAGCGUCAAGGUCGCGAUUCAGGAGGAGAAGAAGGAGGAAGCUGCUCAGGCGAUGCCGACGGAGGAAGGUGCGGCGCCGGCUCAGGAGCAAGAGGCUUGA